UCCCUCCCGGUUUCUGCGGCGCUGAACUACUUAGUCCCCGUUUUCAUAAAGACACAAAAUCAACAUACAAAAAAAAACAAAAAAACAUCUCUUUGACACAUGCAGCAUGGCGGCUAUAUUUGGGAAGAUUCUCAUCGGCAUCUACGUGGAAAUCAAACGAAGCGACGGACGAAUACAUCAGGCCAUGGUCACAUCACUGAAUGAAGACAACGAUAGCGUGACUGUGGAAUGGAUUGAAAACGGGGACACCAAAGGCAAAGAGAUUGACAUGGAGAGCGUUUUUGCACUAAAUCCAGACCUCGCGCCUGAUGAGCAGAUCGCACAGAGUCCAGAGACUCCGCCUCCUCCUGUUUCAAGCUAUGUUAAAGUAAACAAGAUUCCCACAAAUAAGAAUCGGCGCACGGUAGCACCGCCUAAGAACGACGCGCCUGCCAAAGACAACCGAGUCAUAGGUACGACGAGAGCACGGCCCAGCCAGCAGAUCGAACAAGCUCCUAGUGCUCCAGCUCCUCCUCCCAUCCAGCACCAGACACUCCAGCAGCAGCAGAACGCUCGCAGGAAGUCAAACUGUGUGAAAGAGGUGGAGAAACUGCAGGAGAAGAGGGAGAGGAGGCGCUUGCAGCAGCAGGAGCUCAGGGAGAAGAGAGCACAGGAAAUAGACACAACAACCCCUAAUUAUGAAAUUAUGUGCAUGAUCCGGGACUUCAGAGCAAGUCUGGACUACAGGCCACUGACUACCGCUGAUCUGAUCGAAGAGCACAGGAUAUGUGUGUGUGUCAGGGCAAGGCCACUGAACAAAAAAGAGAUGAGCUUGAAGGACUUGGAUGUAAUCACCAUCCCCAGUAAAGAUGUCGUCAUGGUUCACGAACCCAAACAAAAAGUGGACUUAACGAGAUACCUCGAGAACCAGACGUUUCGCUUUGAUUACGCCUUCGAUGAUACCACCGCUAAUGAAAUGGUUUACAGGUUUACCGCCCGGCCGCUCGUAGAGACAAUAUUCGAGAGAGGGAUGGCUACGUGCUUUGCGUAUGGACAAACGGGAAGCGGUAAAACUCAUACGAUGGGUGGAGAUUUUUCUGGGAAAAAUCAGGAUUGCGCGAAAGGGAUCUAUGCAUUGGCAGCACGGGAUGUUUUUCUCAUGCUGAAAAAGCCAAACUACAAGAAGCUGGACCUCCAAGUUUUCGCAACCUUCUUUGAAAUUUACAGUGGAAAAGUGUUUGACCUGCUGAACAGGAAGGCCAAGCUGCGAGUUCUGGAGGACGGCAAGCAGCAGGUGCAGGUUGUAGGACUGCAGGAACGUGAGGUUCAUUGCACCGAGGACGUCCUCAAACUCAUAGAAAUGGGCAACAGCUGCAGGACGUCCGGACAGACAUCAGCCAACGCACACUCCUCUCGCAGCCAUGCCGUUUUCCAGAUCAUUCUGCGAAGGAGAGGCAAAAUGCACGGAAAAUUCUCCCUCAUAGACUUGGCGGGUAACGAGCGAGGGGCGGACACGUCCAGCGCCGACCGCCAGACUCGACUAGAAGGGGCUGAGAUCAAUAAAAGUUUACUCGCUCUGAAGGAGUGCAUCAGGGCUUUGGGUCGCAACAAACCUCACACUCCGUUCCGUGCCAGUAAACUCACGCAGGUUCUGCGAGACUCCUUUAUUGGCGAGAACUCUCGAACGUGCAUGAUUGCUACCAUCUCUCCUGGCAUGGCUUCCUGUGAAAACACGUUGAACACGCUGAGAUACGCCAACAGAGUGAAGGAGUUUGGGAUAAGCCCCUCAGACAUCCCCUUCUCUCAGGGGGGAAGCGGACGCUCUGAACUCUCUCCUACCUACGAGUACGAUGACUUUGCUUCCUCACCGAGCAGAGUAAAGGAGCUUACUGUCAACUCUAGUGCACUGAUGGAAGGCAGACCAGGAGGCAAUCAAGUGAGCCAGCUGGACGUGUUGGAGCCGCAGUGGGGAGUGGGAAGCUCUCCUCAGAGAGACGAUCUCAAACUGCUGUGUGAACAGAAUGAGGAAGAGGUCUCUCCUCAGCUUUUCACCUUCCACGAGGCCGUGUCUCAGCUGGUGGAAAUGGAGGAGCAGGUUCUGGAGGACCACAGGGCUGUGUUUCAGGAGACUAUACGCUGGCUGGAAGACGAGAAGGUUCUUAUAGAGAUGACGGAGGAAGUGGACUACGACGUGGACUCGUACGCGACACAGCUCGAGCAAAUUUUGGAUCAAAAGAUUGAAAUCUUAACAGAGCUCCGAGAUAAAGUGAAGGCGUUCAGGUCGGCUCUUCAGGAGGAGGAGCAAGCCAGUAAGCAGAUCAACCCCAAACGACCACGAGCCCUCUAACCAUCGUAGAGCACUGAUCAAAGAUCCGGCAGCUGAAAGAGGAUAUACCUUUUCGAGAUAAGAAGCACACUUUUAUGCCGAAUUGUAUAGUAUUAAGAUAAAUUCCAGUUCUAACGAAGAUGACUUUUAUAAUACCAUACAAUUUAAAGGCCACAACACGAUGGAAAAUAGAUAGUGAAAAAAGAUUUUGAAUAAUUGCAUGCACACAUGCACACACUGGUCGUACUCGGGCGUUACCCUUAGAUACAUCCGCACUCGUCUGCGUAUAAACUACAUUUUCACUCGGUACGGCUGCUUUUAAAACAUCUACUGACUCCUCGGUGUAUGUAACAAUGGCCCGUGAUGUGAAGAGCAAACCACCUUUUAGUUUCGAAUUUGGACCCUAGAGUUUGUUUAUAUUCUGGCCAACCGAACUCAUUCGAAAUCAUUGCGGUCAGCUCUGUGCUGGAGUCAGAAAUCCUCCAUCAUGCUGCCAAUGCUGCCAUUUCUACAUCUGUUAUUGUUGGUCAGUAUAUAUUUAAUCCAUAUUUAACGAAUAAAACAAAAAGCCAACCCUUACAUUUUAGACCCCGGCUAUGAAGCUGAAUUCCUGAGUAAUUUUUUUUUACAAAUAAUGUAUGUUAAAAGAUUGCAGGUUCUUUGUAGCCAGCUAUCCAUGAGACGCUCUAAUUAGCAAGCACAGUUUUCACUUGGCUAGUCAUCACACUGACUUAAUAUUAGGCCUGUGUGACUGUAUAUAGUUUAGAGGCACACUUCUGAGGGCCAAAUGGAAACACAGGUAUUGGAAUGAAGAGAGCGUAGACACGGCCUGAUCACUGCUGGCAUAUUUGAACACACCUGACAUCAAAUACCAACAACACAGAGUGAGAUUAAAAACCACAACCGACAUCACCACAUCGUCGCUCAGGCAAUACAACGAGUAUUAGGGAAGCGUUUUGUGUUAGUGGUUGAGACUUGGAGAGAGAGAAAAAAGGAACAAAGCAUUGACAUGUCCGAAUCUGAAUGGUGUAAACAGAGGAGUAUGAAGUAGGCAUUCUGAUUGCAGCUGUUACUGUACUCAUCAGUGUAAUGUUGUUGUUGUUUUUUUUUAAAUUAGAUUUAUCUAAAUUUACAUGCACUUCUGAGUCUGUGUGUAUGCUGCUGACCUUUAGUCAGUUAUGUCCUGCUGACUUCAGCUUGUUUUCACUCAAAAAAACGUACAUCUGUGUGGCGUGAUGCCGCGUUCAGGCAGCACUGCAGCUAGGGAAUACUCAAGCACAACUGAGCAUUAAUCCAUCACACCACAGCUAGGAGGGUGAUCCAUCAACCCAGGAGGGUGAACAACCCAAUCAUCAGCUUCUCACAAGCGAGCUUGUGUGCGCUGUAACACACUCAGAGGGAAGCGCAAUCCAACACCUUCUCGUUAUUAGUCUCCCGUUAUUAGUAAUGAUGCUGUGAUUGGUAUGAGGAGAGUGAAUAUAUAAUCCCUCCUACCAUGAGAGAACGACUGGCAUUAGCAGGAUUCGAACAAACGACCUUCAGAUUCUUUUCUGUUGCCCCAUUUGGGAGCCCAUUAAUAUAAACACAUAUUUUGUGCUCUAUACACCCCCUAGUGGUGACCGAGUGCAUCACGUCUGAGCUCCAUUGGGAGCCCAUUAAAAGAAACACACAUUUUGUGCUCUGUACACCCCCUAGUGGUGACUGACUGCAUCACGUCUGAGCUCCACUUGGAGCCAAUUGAAAGAAACACACAUUGUGUUCUAUACACCCCCUAGUGGUCACUGACUGCAUCACGUCUGAGCUCCAUUGGGAGCCAAUUGAAAGAAACACACUGUGUUCUAUACACCCCCUAGUGGUGACUAACUGCAUCACGUCUGAGACCCAGUGUUAAUUAAGCUUGUUAAUAAUCCAUGAAGUAAAAAAUCUUUUUGACGAGAUUUGACGAGAUUAAUAAUCACUACUAGGGUUAUAGGUACAUCUGCACAAGACCGCUCGUUUGGAAACAGGGUAUCUGCAUGUGUGUAAGCUGCAUCAGGUCACACAGAGAAGGCUUUAUUAAACUUUUCUGUUCAUCAUCUGAAUACGUGUUCCAUGUGAAAGCUGUUUUUUUUAAAAUAAAGAAUAAUGAGAAACUCUUGAUCAUGAGAAUGGCUGGUGUGUAUGAAUGUGUGUGUAUGUGUGUGAGAAUGUGCACAUCUGUAUUGCUGACAAAGAAUAAAG